UUGGCUCCGGGGAAACGUUGGUAGGUUUGGGUCGUGAAGAUGGGGAAGGGAAACGGUGGCAGGAGUGCGACCAAGCCGGACGACGAGCUCGUCAACCUCAUCUUCUCUUGGUCCCUCCAAGAUGUCCUGAACCAGGACCUCUUCAGAGAUAAGGUGAACACAAUACCUGACAGAUUCUUCGGGUUGGAGGGCUACCUGGACUCGUUCAGGAUCCCGCUGCUGGAGGAGAUGCGAGCAGAGAUGAGCUCUAACCUGGAGUCACUUCCCAGCCACUCCUCGACCGUGUCAAUACGGUCUCUGGCUCCGAAGAUCAUGGGCACGAAAAACUCCAUGCUCUAUCGCGUCACCGUAGCCCGCCGCCGUGAAGCGCGUUCCCCAUUCGUCGGUGACAUCAUCAUGCUCACGGACGCGACGCCUCGCCGCCCGUCCGAGCUCGCGAGAAACGGUGGCUCGUACUGCCUCGCUCACGUAAAGAAUGCCAGCGAUGAUGAGUUUAACUUUGAGAUCAGAGCGUCUAAGAAAAUCGAAGUAGCAAACUCCUACGCUUUCGCUGUUAGCCUGCUCAGUUUCAUACCCUACGUACGCAUUUGGCGGUGUCUGGACUACGACGCCGCGGUGAAGAGAAGUGCUGGCCUUGUCAAGUUUGUCGCCGGCGACGCGAUGAGCACAUCGUUUCAUGGUUCCUCUCCUCGCCCAGAGACCGUAGGAACCGGCGCCAAAGCCCCGGCCAUUCUGUCUGCGUUCAAGCUCAACGACUCGCAGACCGACGCCGUACUGAGCUGCGUGUCGGCGACGCAGCGCAACGGCGCGGGCAAGUUCAGCCUCAUCUGGGGGCCGCCCGGCACGGGCAAGACCAAGACUAUCAGCGUGAUCCUGCUGCUGCUGUUGACGAGCCGGAACAAAUGCCGCGUCCUGACGUGCGCGCCGACGAACACCGCGAUCAGCCAGGUCGCGGCCCGUGUCGUGUCGCUGAGGAAGCAGCAUUCCCCAGCCGACGGAGGGCGCCACGGCGAUCUGCUAUUGUUCGGAAACAGGGAACGCAUGUCCAUCGACAGUGACCUGAGCGAGAUCUUUCUGGACACUCGCGUGAAGGAGCUCAAGAAGUGCUUCUCGCCGGCGACGGGUUGGAGGCAGUGCCUUGUUUCACUGGAGUCGUUCCUGGGACAACCAAAAACAGUGAGCUUUCAGUACUACAAAGCUUGCUUGCAGAAAGACGGAACAAAUUUACUAGAGUCGUCUUUCGUCAGGUCAAGAUUCCAUCAGAUAUUCCAGAUGCUGAACAACUGUUUCACAACAAUCAUGUCUCACGUCCCUAGGGCCAUCGUUCUGGAGAAGAAUUACAAGAACAUUGUUUCACUAAUUAAAAUGCUCGAAGACUUUAGCAAGCUGCUUGAUAGGAAGAUUCCAGGAAAUGAUAUCGCGGUGGAUGUCUUCAUGACUACGAGUGACACGAAAUGCGACGAUUCAGCUUGUGCAGUGGGCAAUUCAGAGUUAGUUGAAAAACUUAUGCGACAGAAGGCUGCAAUUGUAGGCGUGACAGGAACUCUUAUCCGGGACCUGGAACUUCCUGUGACACGCUCUUAUUUCAGGAUCAAGGAAUUCUGCCUUGUAAGCGCCUCCCUUAUUUUCUGCACCGUGUCUGGCUCGGCAAAGCUGAACGGUCAGAAGAUGGAUUUGCUUCUCAUCGACGAGGCAGCGCAGUUGAAGGAAUGCGAGUCCCUCGUCCCACUGCAACUCUCUGGACUGAAGCAUGCUGUUCUUAUUGGAGAUGAGUGUCAGCUGCCAGCAACUGUGAAAAGCAAGGUUGCAGAUACAGCAUUACUAGGCAGGAGCCUGUUUGAGAGGCUAAGUUUACUGGGACAGAAGAAGCACCUUCUGAACAUUCAGUACAGGAUGCACCCUUCCAUAAGCAUCUUCCCAAACUUGAGUUUUUACAACAAGAAAAUUUUGGAUGGCCCGAAUGUCACGCAGGAGAGGCAUGGCCGUAGCUACCUUCAAGGUGCAAUGUUUGGGCCAUACUCAUUCAUCCACAUUGAUGGAAGGGAACAUCCUGGCCGGAGCAAGCGAAACAUGGCCGAGCUAACUGUCAUAAUGGAAAUACUGCAUAAUCUCAAAGAAGCUUGUAGGAGCACUCGGCAAGGAGUUUCUGUUGGCGUCAUAUGCCCAUACGCCGCACAGGUGGAGGCAAUUCAGCGGGAGAUAGGGGACGCGAAGGCCAUGCAUCCCCUGGCGCUGCGCGUUAACUCUGUGGACGGGUUCCAAGGCAGCGAAGAAGACGUCAUCAUCCUGUCAACCGUCAGGUCCAACAGUGCAGGAUCGAUCGGCUUCCUGUCCAAUCUCCGACGCGCCAACGUCGCUCUUACGAGGGCAAGGCACUGCCUCUGGAUCCUGGGUAACGCGACGACCUUGCGCGGCAGCGGCUCCAUCUGGGGAGAGCUGGUCCGGGACGCUGUGGAUCGGCGGUGCUUCUUCGACUGGGACGGUGGCGCGGGCGUCUCGUCGUCCGUUCCUCCUCCGUGCGGCGCUGGCCCGACCGGUUGUGAACAUGGAUGGAACGCAGCCAUGGUUGAUCCAGAUGUUGACUUGCGCCCGGCGUGCUGCGUGUAUGAAGCCGACAUUUGUGGUUCCCUGGGCUCCCUACGACUAGCAAAGUGAAGAGGCUUCAGUUGGCAAUGGGGACUAUGGACUCGUAGCCGUAGGUGUGUCAUUUUGGCUGGUGAUUUUCAAAUGCCUGCUUCUAUAGGUCGGUGAGUUUGAAUUUGAUGUGCCGUGCAAAAGUAUUUCUUAGCUGGGACUGGGUAACUUUGAUGUGCCAAGUUUCUCGAAACAUGGAAAUUCUGGAGAACGCCCAUGUGGCGCGGUGGUUGUGGUGCAGUUGUGCACCUUACACGCCUCUGGUUGUAUUCUUGAUCGGAUCUGGGCGCUUUGUUGCGGUUUUCUCUUAAUAGGUAUAUAUA